AUGGCGGAUGAGGACCUUGCUAAGAACUAUCAGGUGUUGGAGGAGUUAGGGCGUGGUAGCUUUGGAGUUGUGUACAAGGGAAUCGAGAUUGCGACGGGGGAAACGGUCGCCAUCAAGCAUAUCGAUCUUGAAUCAAGCGAUGAUGACAUCCAGGAGAUCCAGCAAGAGAUCUCGGUGCUCAGCACCUGCUCUAGCAAUUAUGUCACUCGCUACAAGGCGAGCUUCCUGCGCGGCCACAAGCUGUGGAUCGUCAUGGAAUAUCUGGGCGGCGGUUCCUGUCUGGAUCUAUUGAAAUGCGGCACCUUUAACGAAGCUCACAUUGCUAUUGUCUGUCGUGAGCUGCUCUACGGCCUGGACUAUCUUCACUCAGAGGGCAAGAUCCAUCGUGAUAUCAAGGCCGCGAAUGUGCUGCUCUCCGACACGGGCCGCGUCAAGCUGGCCGACUUUGGCGUCGCCGCCCAGCUCACUUACAUGAAAUCCCAGAGGAACACGUUCGUCGGCACCCCCUUCUGGAUGGCCCCUGAGGUCAUCCAGCAGGCCGGCUAUGACUUCAAGGCCGACAUCUGGUCCCUGGGCAUCACCGCUAUUGAACUAGCCAUGGGCGAGCCGCCUCAUGCCAACAUUCACCCGAUGAAGGUGCUCUUCCAGAUCCCCAAGAACCCGCCGCCCCGUCUCGAAGGGAAAUUCAGUAAGGAGUUCAAGGACUUCGUCGCCCAAUGUCUCAUCAAAGAUCCCGACUUCCGCCCGACAGCAAAAGAACUCCUCAAACAUCGCUUCAUCCGCAACGCCGGCAAAGUCGAGGCCCUCCAAGAGCUGAUCCAGCGCAAGCGCCUAGCGGACGCCAGAGCCGAGCACGUCAAGCUCCCCGUUUACUACCAAGAAACCCUCCACACCAUGGGCCCCAAGGACUCAGUCGACGAAUGGGUCUUCGAGACCGUGAAGUCCGUUCCCCCGCCGCCCCUUAACGGCAAGAAGGUCACUGUCCGCUCGCGCAAACCCUCCGCCAUGUAUUCCCUCGAAGACGCCAUGAAAAAGCUCGACCUCAAAGACGCCCCUCUCCACCCGCCCAAUACCCCAACCGUCCGCAAAGCCCGCCGGCAGCCUUCUUCAUCAUCAUCUCGCCGCAACUCCCUCUCGUCAAACCACAACCGACGUACCUCCCUCGAAUCUCCCCGCCAACCCCUCGCCCCCGCUCCCGCAAAACGCCCCCUCCAACCCGACAUGUCCUUCGGCAACUCGGGCUCAACCAUGCGCCUCUUCCGCCGCGUGCCCUCCGAUAGUUCUUCGUCUCAUCAUACUAUCAACAACCAAGGAGGAUACCUCAGCUCGUCUCCUUCGCCUACCAACAGCGAGUUCGCUACGAAUAACAACAACGAGAACCGUCCUCCGCCUACGUAUCAUGCGCCCGUUGAUGCGAAUAGCAAGGAGGCGCUGCUUGGGCGCAGGCUCUACGCUAAGGCCGUGGAGCCUUCUUUGGAUGAGUUGCAUGCGCAGACGGCGAGUUCGGUGAAGAGGGAGGCUAUUGCCAGGCUGUCAGAUGCGUGGGGGUUUCUGGAUGCGGUUGAUCCGGAGGGGGCGUAUCAUUUCUUGAAGGGUGUGAUGGCGGCUAUUUCGCUGGAUCCAAAGUUGAGCGCUGCUUUUCUUCCUCAACAGGUGAGGGAACAGCCAGGGGGACAUCACCAUCACCCGUCGACGCCCCAGAAGAACGGAAAUACCGAUGAUCACCACCAACAGCAAAACCAACACGGAACGGUCCUGAUUAAAUCCCCCCGCCCGGUCUCCGUCCCCGCACCAUCGGCAGUCUCUACCCCGUCUUCCCAUGCCCGCUCCCCAUCCGCUCCGAACAACCAGUCAAACGCAAGCCCAACUAAGUUCGUUCUCUCCCAAGACAACCCUUACUUACAGAACCAUCGCCGACGCGGCAGUUCCAUCGCCUCCUCCUCCUCCUCCUCCUCCCAGCAGCAACACCAACAAAAUGAAACGCCCAGUUCCCGUCCCGUGUCCCAUCACGAACGUGAAAAAGAAUUACGUACGCCCCCUCCGCCGAACACACCCCACCAUAGGGAUGAGAAGCACCACCGCGAAAAGGAGAGGGACAGAGAGAGGGAGAGAGAACGUGAAAGGGAGAAAGAGAGAGCAGCAAAUGCAGCACUGGAAGCAAAAUUCCCUGGCCGGCCCGCUCAACCGGGGAUGGAGCAUUGUAAAGCGCUGUCGGAGCUGCUGUAUGCGCGGUGGACGGAUGGGUUGAGGAGCCGGUGGGGGGUUUUGGCGGGGAUGUGA